AUGACUCCCCCACAUGUACCCAUCGACGUGAUCGAGACUGUGCUCGACGAGUUCGGCGCUCAAGACGACUUGGGGACGCUCACUGUCUGUGCCCUGGUCUGCGGAGCAUGGUUUCCACGGAGCCGCUUCCUCAUUUGGCGUACGGUGACGAUCACAAGCACAGAUACCCUCUACUCUAUCUGCAAAACGCUUCAGCGCGAUCCCGACUUGCGACUGGUAAUCCAUGCGGUACGGCUGAAACAUAUCCACUCCAAGUCGUUCCCCCACACCGCCCCCAUGGUUCUCCUUCCGUAUCUUCCACACCUCCGACGAUGGGAUUUCCGAUGGCCUUUCUCUACCAUGAACCUGGCGAAGGCGACGAUUGCCUGUUUUUGCCAGUACAAAGCGGUCAAGACGCUCGUCUUGCGCGACUGCCUGUUUCCCACCCCUCUGCACGUCUAUCGACUCAUCCACGCCUUUCCCGUUCUCGAGGAUGUCCAGCUGUAUGAUGUCCAUUUUAUGGGUACUUCUCCAGAUGUUUCCCUACUCCCGAUUCAGCAUCGAGCGUGCAGAACCCUGUCGAAACUCACAGUAAGAUCUUCCUCUGAAACACGAUUACCCGUCUCAAGAUAUCUUCACAGUUUGAUCUCUCCGAAGACACCAUUCAGCUUUUCAAGGUGA